CCGUCCGGACACGCCCGCUGGCUGCGUUCGGGGCGGCAGUGCCAUGCCUAAGAGAAAGGCUGUUCCGCUGUUGCAAAGACUGUGCCUGGAAAACAUUGCUGAGAAUAUGCACCUCCUUUGGACCAAAGACUACACAGACAACUACCUGGACGAGUACCAGUUCCGCUACAUCCUGGGGCCCUUCAGUGAGCUGGCUGGCUCCCUGGUCCAGGAGCUGCUCAAGUUGAUGGGGGAGAAACGGCGCUUGACCCGAGCCGGGCUGCACUUGCUUGUUGUGCCUCAGCUGAUGGAGCUGAACUUGAGUGCCUGCUCAAGACUGGUCAACAAGACCAUCACCCAGAUGAUAACGGUUCGCUGCAAGAACCUGUCCUCGCUGAAUCUCCAGGGCUGCAGCCGUAUCCCCGCAGACGUUCUGGUCGACCUCGUGGAGAGGUUGACUUGUCUCAAGAAACUGGACCUCUCGGAGACCCAGUGCAACACGCAGGUCUUGUCGGCCGUGGGUUCCUGCUGCCGGCAGCUUUGCGAACUGGACAUCUCCGACUGCAAGAAGCUUUCUCCAGAGUCCCUCCUGCACCUGGCCUAUGACCCUACGGUGGGCUCCUACUGCUGCCCGGCACUGCAGCUCCUCUGGGUGGACGGUCUCUGCCCCACUGCUCACAGCCAGGACCUGUGCUGGAUCCUGGCCUUUCUGCUGCUGGCCUUGCCCAGCCUCAGGUCCUUGGAAAAUGAGUUUGUCCCAGAGGCGCUGUGCCUGCUCCAGAAGCAGCAGUUUAACAGGGCCCCCGUCACCCCCGGGUUUCCUUCCCUGGAGGAGGUGGCGCAGGGACGGAUGGCCACCUGUGCUGACAAGGCCCGCUCCUGGCUCACACUGCCUCUCAGGGAAAUGAUCGAGGUGCACGAAGAGGCCUUGCCCGUGGUCUCCGCCAUGUGCCCGGACUUGGAAAAAGUGACAGUGAAUCUCGAGGAGGACGGCCCGUUCCCGAGUCGGAGCUUCCUGUUGUGGAGACACCUCACCCACCUGACCCUGGAGAGCGCAGAGGUGCGGGCGCUGCGGGAGUUUUUUCCGGUGGUGGCCAGCCUCGGGAGCCAGCUCCAGGCCCUCUCGCUUGAAGGCUUCUCUGCCGACGACGAACUCGCCUUCCACACCUUGCUGGGCCACUGCCCAAACCUCCGGAGCCUCACUGCUUCCCUCUUGUACACGGUGAGGCCCCGCCGGGGUGCGGAGGAGGCUCCCAGCCGUGCCGUCAGCCUCGCUGCCCUCGCAUUCCCUGACCUCUGUGAGUUCAGCCUGAUCCUCUCCGACCUGCACGAUGGGCUGCCUUUCCGGCAGGCAGGGACGCUGAGAGCGAGCCUCGUGUCCCUGCUCAGGAACGCGCCCUGCCUGGAAUACCUGCACCUCGUCGACGUGCCCUUCUGCCUGGAUGAGGUGUUCGAGGCGGUGCUGGAGCCCCGGGGCGCCGCCCUGGCUCGGCUCCGCGAUCUCUCCCUGCACCAGUGCAAGGUGUCCAGCCGCACCAUCCACCUGCUCCUGUCCUCAGAGAAUCUUUUGAGUUCCCUCCACUUGGAAAGAUGCCCAGACAUCCACCGGAAGGAUUAUGAUAAGCUCCUCAGGAGAGUCAGCAAGGAGGGCUUUGAGCUGCAGGUCCACUGGAAGUGACCGGUUCUCCCUGCACCCAGGAGUGGCAACGCGCUUGCACUGGGGCCGGGCCAGCAGGUGCGCUAAUAAAGUUUGCAUGACGUAA